AUGAGCACCAGGGUGAAGCACGGCAAGGAGCGCCAGGAUAAGUACUAUUACCUGGCCAAGGAGCAGGGGUACCGCGCGAGGUCCGCGUUCAAGAUUCUCCAGCUCGCAAAAAAGUUCAACAUCUUCGAGAACUGCAAUGUGCUGGUGGACCUCUGUGCCGCUCCCGGCGGUUGGCUUCAGGUCGCGGCCAAGCACCUUCCGGUGUCCAGCAUCAUCAUCGGCGUCGACCUCGUGCCCAUCCGGCCCAUAAAGGGCGUAAUCACGAUACAAUCGGAUAUACGCACGACGAGGUGUCGAAACCUGAUAUCGCAAAAUCUCAAGGGAGCCGAGGUGGAUGUCGUCCUACACGACGGAGCCCCCAACGUCGGUGCCAACUGGAACCUGGACGCGUUCAACCAGAAUGUGCUGGUGUUAGAGGCAGCCAAACUGGCUGCGCACGUCCUCAAGAAGGGCGGCAUAUUCGUGACCAAGAUAUUCAGGUCCGCUGAUUACAACUCGCUCAUAUGGAUGCUCGGCAAGUGCUUCGAGCGCGUCAAGGUGACGAAACCGUCCAGUAGUCGUAACGUUUCGGCGGAAAUCUUCGCCGUGUGUAUCGGAUUCCGUACCCUCAAGGCACUCGACCCCAAGCUGUUCAACUGCGAGCACGUCUUCAUAUCCCAGGGCCAGGCGGCAGAAGAACAGGAGGAGAAGGAGACUGCGAAAGUAACAUCUCUGAGCCAGCUGCUGCGGCAGCGGAAGAAGGUCAACAGAGAGGGGUAUGAGGAGGGCGACGACUUCAGGGAGCACAGUGUGCUCGACUUCCUGACCUCGGACAAUCCGCCGCAGAUGCUUAUUUCAACAAACCGGUUCACUUUCAAACCAAGGAGCGGGCUGGAUGAGGAGGCGUCCAAAAAGGACGCCGCCCUGCUCAAGGCGGUAAUGGCCAGCGCGCUGACCACGGAAGAAGUCAAGCUGCUCUGUUCCGACAUUAAGGUUGCCGGGCGUGCGGACUUGCAACACCUGCUCAAAUGGAGGCAGAAGAUAUGCAGGGAGUUAUUCCCUGCCGACAAGGACGCGAAGAAAUCUAAGGCCAAGGCCGAGAAGCAGGAUGGUGAAGACGAUGCCGUUGUCGAAGGCGACGGUGAGGAAGGGGCGGAGCAACCGGAGGCUGAGGAGGAUGCGCUGCGAAGGCAGCAGCUGGAACUUGCUGAUCGCCUGAGAAAGGACCAACGCCGCUCUGAACGUAAGAAGCGCAGGGCCCUCAUGAAGCAUAAGAAGGCAAUGGCAGCCAACUCAGUCAUGCUCACUAAUGACCCCGAGCUGUUCUCCUUGAGCGUGCUGAAGGGGCACGACAUUGAUGAGCUCGACAAGUCGAGCGAUGACUCGGGAGAUGAUUCGGACAAAGCCGACAAGGGAAAGGAUGACAAAGCGUCGAUCCACUCCCGCGUCUCAGCAGCUAAGCGCUUCGACAUCCCCUCCGAUUACAGCGACACGGAUUCGGACGAUUCAGACGCCGAUUCCAUGGACUUGCAGUUUGAAACUGACUCGGAAGUCGAAGACCUUGAAGACGACAAGGUCCACAACAUGGAAGUUGAUCUGGAGGUGCAACACGAAAUGGCAAAACUCGCUGAAUCUGAACGGGCAAAACCUACCAAAAAACUUACUCGUAGGCAGCGUGUCAACAUGGAGCGUGGAGCCGAACUGGCUUCGCUGAUUGAGAGCAUGCAGAGCGAGGCACGGCUGAAGGCGCAGCAGGAAAUGCAGGAGUCAGACUCCGAAGACGAGAGCGAGGAGUCCGUGUAUGAGGGGGGCAAAUCUGACGAUGAGGGAUCGGACGGAAGCAACACAGAUGAUGAUGAGGAUGAUGAUGAUGAGGAGGAGGAGGAGGAGGAAGGUGAAGGCAGCGAACCCGAAUCUGACGCCGACUCCGAAGUUGCGGAUGACAAGCACUCUGACGAUCUCCCUUCAACGAAAAAGGGUGCUUCCGGCAAGGCAGCUGGCAAAACAAUUGACCGCAAGGCCAAGGAAGCUAUGGAAGAUGCGAUGGUUGACCGUUGGUUCGACCAGGACAUUUUUCAAGAAAAGACCCGCGAGACUGCCAGGAAGCAGAAGAAGAAGGAACCCAAAAAAGCCAAGCCUUCUAAAAAGGAAGCGAGUUUCGCAGUUGUGCCGGCAGUAUCGGAUGCUGACGCUAUAGCUCGUGUGCGUGAUGCGGUCGAGGAGGAGCUCACUCGUGACAAGGAGACCAUAGCGGAAGUUCAGGCCAUUGGGUCUCUCCUGGUGGACAAGGGUUCACGAAUGGCGCUAAUAGACGGUGCGUACAACCGCAGAACGUUCGACGAUGGAGACUUGCCAUCGUGGUUUGCGGAAGACGAGAAGAAGCACAGCAACUACGAGAUGCCCGUCACCAAGGAGCUCAUGAAGCGGUACAAGGCCAAACUCUAUGAGUUGAAGAAUCGCCCGAUCCGCAAGGUGCUGGAGGCUCGCGGACGUCGCAAGAUGCGCAUGGAGCGCAAACUCAAGAGCGUCCUCCCCCGCGUGGAGGCAAUGCAGAACAGCGACACGGGCAAGUCGGACGCUGCGAAGAAGCUGCUCCGCAAGGUGAAGCGCGCGGCCUCAGACAAGCGCGAGAAGGUCUAUGUGGUUUCCCGACGUGGCGGCUCGUCUACCUCGGCGCCUAAGGGCGGCAAGGGGUCGCGCAAGGUUGUCAAGGCGGUGGACAAGAGGAUGAGGAAGGACAAUGUGCGGCAGAAGCAGAAGCCCCGCUCACAGUUGGUGCGUUCGCUUUCGUUGUGCGAGUCAAUCGACCUCCUCAGCCGAGCCCGGGUGACCAGUAGCCGCAGUAGACUCCCUGUCUACACGGCGGAAGGGGAAUCAGGAAAUUCUGGGGGUUCAGUGGUGGCUGCAAAAGACAUAGGUGAUAACUUUUUUGGCGAGACCUCACCGCUACCCCUCGCGGCUGACUCUCCGGUACCUGCGGAAUCCUACAAGCCAACAACCACUCGUGCCGCAGAUCAAGAUGCGCGUAUCGCGGCACUGGAAGCAGAGGUGCGCCUGCUGAAGGCGCAGAACGCUCAGUUGACGGUCAAUGCGUGUGCCCUCUACAAUACGCUGAUGCAGCACGUGGAGAAGCUCCGUGCCACUCUGCGCGAACGAGAGGCUGAAAUUGCCGAGUUUAAGGCCUCAUCUCGGCAUCGUGGGUCACCCUGA